AUGGAGUGCGUGUGCUUCACCUUGAUAGUGGACGACAUUGUUUUGCCCCACGGGGAGACAGUCAUGGAGGCCUUAGGUGGAGGCGGACCGCAGACGCUGUUCGGCUAUCAGCUAGUGACCAACCAGAGCGCUGCUGUGGGUUUAUCAGCUGGAGUCGGACCCGACCUGCCGCAGCGCUGCAAGGCCUGGCUUGAGUCGCUUGGCGUGGACACGUCCGGCCUGGUGCCGUACCAACGGCCAACUCCACGAGCAUGGCAGGUCUUUGAGGAAUGGGGCCGCCGCACGCAGAUCUGGCGGGGUCGCGAUGACCCGUGCGAGGAGCUGUACGAAAUGUUGCGCCCCAAGUACGACACCAUGCCGGCCCAUUUUCAGCGCUCCUGUAACUACCAUCUGGGCGUCCACCCCCUGCACCCGCCUCGUCGUCUGAUGAGCCAGCUCAGGCGAGCGGCUCAUGCCAACGGAGGCGUGCUGUCCAUCGAGCCGUACACUUCGGCUGAGUCCGCCGCCACCCCCGGGCAGGUGUCGGAGCUGCUCGCUCACUGCGACAUCUUCUCACCCAAUGAGGGGGAGGCGGAGUCCAUCGUGGGGCCUGGAUCACCGGAGCAGCUCGCCCUCCGGCUGUUGUCACUGUCUCCCCCGGGGGGUGCGGACCUUGUGGUGGUCAGGUGCGGGCCGGAGGGGGCGCUGGUGGCCAGGAGGCGGCAGCCGCAGCCGCUGGUGUCGGCUGAGGCGGCGGUGGGCCCAGUGACAGAGCGGGCCCUGGCUAACCAACAUGGUCAGCAGGACGGUGGGGCUGACGGUGCCGGGUUGCGGCAAGACGGCAGGCGCAAGGGGGAGCAGGCGGAGGAGCACGUGGAGGAGCACGUGGAGGUGGAGGUGGAGGUCUACCGGGUUCCGGCUGUGGCGGAUACGGCGUUGGUGGACGCCACGGGCUGCGGAAACGCCUUCUGCGGGGGCUUCCUGGCGGCACUGUACCGCGGCGGCGGCGGGAACGGUAGCGGUAGCGGUAACGGCGAUGACGCAUGCGGCAACACUGGCGAUCAGGCAGACGGAGUCGGUGACACCAGCACACAAGGAGGGUCCCCAGAGGCGGCUGUAGCGACCGCGGCAGCUGGUUUGGAGGUAGCAGGACGGGUCGAUGCUGCCGGUUGCGCACCGAGUGAGGGUGAAGGGCAGGAAGGGCUGCCGCCGCCCUGGGUUCGAACUGGCGACCUGAGGCUGGCCGGGGCUUGGGGCUGUGUGGCGGCGAGCUUUAUGGCGGAAGAACGCGGCGUGCCGCUGAAGCGCGUGGCGGAGUUGCAGGGUAUGGACCUCUCCAACACGCUGUGGCUUUGCUUCAUCUGCGCUGGAUUGACCUGUAUCCGCAACAUUAUAUCCCAACGCUUGGGGGCCGAUGGACGCGGCCGUGCCUCUGGCGAUGCACUAGCCAGGGUACCCACUGUUGACACAGAGGUGUCGCAGCGCCAUACGAAGGCUGCCUCUGCCGCCUACGAUCGGUCAUUUGGUCGCACCGCCGCCACCUCUGCCACUGCGUCGACUUUGCAAGAAGCUCAAACACCUAGGCCCCGUGCCCGAGUGACUGUCAGCCAGCCAGGUGUCCCUUUGCAACGCACCGCUGCAUCGGCGCAGCUGUUACGGGCAGUGACAGUUGCCGGCACGUCACCCUCCAAUCAUUUACCAACUUACAUGGACUCAGCGCACACGACGGCGCUUGCCCGCGCUGCAGCGGGCCGCCGGCGGCUCCAGAUUACAGCAGCAAAUCAGACGGACUGCCUUGAGGAGUCGUUUAGUAUCCGUGGGCAUCUGGGUCAGGAGGGCCGCACUCGCGCGAGCAUACACACGCACAAGCACAUACACAACGUUACACCCCCGGGAGUUCCCAUUGUCCAAAUAACGCAGCGACUGCUGGGACGCGGCUGCCCCUCUCCCAGCUCAGCUGCACGCAAUCAAACACUCACCACAGAACGAGGUGUAAUCUUGAAAGGCUUGAUAAUAUGGGAUACAUUCCAGCACAAGGACAGGGACGGGGGAACGCGUUACUUGACCUUGGGAGCCACGGCAUCAGAUUUGGUGGUGCCACGCUCCGGGGGGCCCAGGUCUCGGAACUGCAAUAGGGAAGCGGAGACCUCUCAACCGCCGUACCUGCCAACCGUGGGGUUGACGGUGCUAUCCGUCAUUUGCUGUGCCUGGCUGCUGAGAUCGAAGCGCGUAUAUGCUUUGACCGUCGUUAUCUGUCACCAAGGGCAAGGAGAGGGCACCUCUAAAGAGUACACGCAAGUUAUUCGUAUCAACUUCUUUCUCUCUUCCUCUUUCGACACCAUUACCCCCGGCUUCCCACCACCAUCUCUCCCCAUCAUGCCACGUGAUAUGACUGGUACGGGGCGCUACCCCCCGCAGCCUCGCCACCCCGCCCUCGCCUUCUACUCGGCAGUGCGGAUGGGCGACCCCGAGCUGCUGACCAGGAUUAUGCAGACCCAGGUGGAUCCGUACUUCGUCACCCAGGACAACGGUGCGGGUGCGCCCAUCCACUUCGCAGUGACCUAUCGCCAGUUGGACAUGGUGCACCACUUACUCAACCUGGGCGCCUCCGUCAACCAACGCGACCCCCGGGGUUUUACCCCCCUCCACCGGGCCGCCCACCUGGCCCACCUGGACGGCUACCUAGAGAUGUACGAGUACCUGCUGUCCCGAGGGGCCGAUCCCGCCAUUCUGACGGAGGAUUACGACAGCUAUCUAGAUCCGGGAGCCAAGACGCCGCAGCAGGUGGCCGUGGAUGACCCACGGGUCAGGGCCGCAUUACAGGCACUUGAGGACAAGUAUGCCUCCGUACCGAAGGCCCCACGUGCGCAUCCUGACCUGGGCGACUGGUGGACGCUGUACGACUACGGCCCCGAGAUUGUGGGCGCCUGGCCCCACAAUUAUGUGCAUCCCUACCCUGAGGAAGCGGCGCGGCGGCGUGCCAAGGCGGAGAAGCGCUCCCAGCGCGAAGCUCGUAGGGAGAAGAGGGCGGCGUUCCUGUCUAGCCUGGAAGCAGGUGGCGACGGCAGCGAAGUUCUCGGGUCGUACGGCAGCCCAGCUCAGGCGUCGUCCGUGGCGGCCGCCGUACCACCACCACCACCACUUCCCGUCGCUACCAAUCGUGUCGUUUUCCUGUUCCCGGGGCAGGGCUCCCAAGCCGUUGGUAUGCUCUCCGCCGCCGCCAACCUGCCUGCCGUGGCGGCCAUGUUGAAUACCGCACGCCAGGUGCUGGGGUACGACUUGUUGGAGAUCUGUACGAAAGGGCCGCAAUCCGUUCUGGACGACACAAAGGUGGCUCAGCCGGCGUUGUUUGUGGCGGGUCUUGCGGCGGUUGAGCUGCUGCGGCAGAGUGACCCGCGGGUCGUUGACAGCUGCAGCGCGUGUGCUGGACUGAGCCUCGGCGAGUACACAGCACUGGUGUUCGCGGGGGCCCUGAGCUUCGAGGAGGGCCUGCGGGUGGUCAAGGCGCGUGGAGAGGCCAUGGCCGCAGCCGCAGCCGCCGCCCCCCCCGGCAGCGGUCUGCGGCCCCACGGCAUGUUGAGUGUGGUGGGUCUGCCGGACAGCGACCUCUCACGGCUGGCUGAGGAGGCGGAGGCCGGCGGGGCACCUGGCAGCGUGUGCCGCAUCGCUAACUACCUCUUCCCACAGUUCUGCUACCGUACUGUACAUCUGCCGCAGCACUCUUUCCUUGGCAGCAGCUUCACUCGUUCACGUGCUCCCCCCUACCUACCGUCAUGUGGUCUUUUGUGUAUUGCCGUACAACAGGCACUGGCCCAGGUCACCUUCCGCGCCCCCCGCAUCCCCGUCUUCUCCAACGUCAUCGCCCGCCCCUUCCCCACCGACCCACGGGACAUCCCCGCACUGCUGGGCCGCCAGCUGGUGGAGCCCGUACAAUGGGAGGCCACCCUGGCGGCGCUGCUGGCGGCUUCGUCUCUACCGGCUGCUUCGUCUCUGCCCCUGGCGCUGUACGAGCUGGGUCCUGGUUCAUGCAAGUCCAUCUUUGGGAGCAUACCGCUCGCAAUCGUGCUGGUUGCAGCGGCGCAAUGGCACCUGCGCGCUCUUGGUCCAGCCUGCGCCCAUCGCGCGCGCGCGCACCAUUCCCCGCCGCACGACCUGGCGCAAAGCGCAGCGUCCUUUGCUGCAGGCCUCUGGCUCCUGCUAGAUUACACAUUGGACUGUGUAUUCCUUGGUGACGGCGCCCUCUUGUGGCGCAAGGGUGCCAGGGUUCAGGGCCCAUUGAUAAUCCGCGGCAGCAGUAGCAGCAGCAACGGCAGCCAGCCCCACACAGCUCCUCGCCAUCAUGAUGAACAUCAGCUCCAGGCUCGUCCUCGCUACCAGCUCCGCGAGGUAGAAGCCGCGGGGGAGGCCGUCGGACCUGGUUUCCAGGUGGAAUUCCCUUGCCCGCAGCAGCGCCUGACGGGACAGCAACCACAGGCCCAGCAGGGACAGACGCAACGUCAACCUCCCUCUUCCACGACUUCUAGGAACGCCCAGAUCCUUCGGGAGCGCCUGGGAUGCGUUAAGGGCGCGCGGGAUGUGACCCACGGGUCGCAGCCCAGCGCGCCCUGGAGCGCUGACGGCGGCGGCGGCGGCGGCAGCAGUAGCGGCGGUGGGUCCCGCGUCAAAGGCUCUAUGUCACUGAGCUUGCCGCGGGUACCGCUGCCGUCGGGAGGAGGAGGCGGAGGCGGGGCUGGGGUCGGCGGCGGUGGCGGUGGCACUAGAGCUGCCAGUAGGCCCGAUCCAGACGCUUGGCGAGUGCAGGUGGGCAGCAAGGUGGUGGAAUUUGCGUGGGAGAAGCUGUGUGGUGCCAUCGUCCAGACGUGGGUAUACGACACCUGGUGGGCCUUGCUGAGUCCUGACCGGGAGUUCCCUGCGGAGGUGCGGCGGCUGCUGUUUGCGGCGUUUGGCCGACUGGCGUAUCCGUCUAUAUCUGGUAUCUGCUUCACUCAUCCGUGGGAUGUGUGUGAGGCCCUGAUCGCCUCCCUGGAGCUCUACCGGUCCGCCCUGGAGCACCUGGGGGGAGAGCAGCAGCUGGAGGCCAGGGCGCUGAGACAUGCGGCACAGGACCUGGUGGGUGUGUUGUGGCCGGAUGAUGACAUGCUGUGUGGCCGACUGCGUCCCUUGCUUCGAGAGCUGCUCUCGUCUUGCGUGCUGCGACCCGUCAUGAUGCUGGCAUCGCCACACACCAUCAACCGCCUCCUCGCCGCGGCGCUGUCCCCGCUUCCAGAGGAGACCACCACGGCAGCAGCAGCAGCAGCUACCGCUGCCGCUGCCGCUGCAGCUACUACUAACAGUCCGUCGGCGUCCGCAGCCAGUCCGCACACCGGCAGUAGCGGCGGCGGCAGCGGGGCUGAGACGGCUCGUGGGUCAGGGUAUACCGGCGGCGGCGGCACGUCGCCCACGGUUCCCGCUCGUGGCGCCCACACUGCUGCAGCCAACUCUGCCGACGGCGCUCUGCCAUUUGCUCGCCUGCGGACCGCGUCGCCGCCGUCAUCAUCGUCGUCGUCGUCCCCGCCGCCCUGGCCGUCGCCGCCGUCGUACCGCGGUCUCUCUGCGCAGCGGCAGAGAACGGCGGCAGCAGCAUUGCCGGGGGCAGCUUCCGGCACUGCUGCUAACGCAGCGGCGGCGGCGACGGCGACAGUGACGGCGGCCGCGGCGGCUUCGAAGCCAUUGCGAUCGCCACCGGUAGCGGCCACAGCGACGGCUUCCGGUCCCGCCGCAGCCGCAGCCGCCGCUGCCACCGCUGCUGCGGUGGCGGACGCAGCGGCUCGCGCGGCGGCGGAGGGCAGCUUGGAGUUUGAGCGGCGGGUGGCGGCGAAUGCGGCGGCGGAGGCGACCUUGAUGAGAAGGAUGGCUGGCAGCACGCUGGGGGCCCGCUCGGGCAGCACUCGGGCAGCCGACAACCUGCGGUGGUGUCCACCAGCACCACCGCCACCACCAGCACCGCCACGACAGCAACUGGCGCAACCGCCGGAUCAGCUCCAACACGGCGGCGACGGUGACGGCGGCAGCGGUUCUGAGCGCACAGGCUUCUGCUCUCAGGUGCAGCUGAACGAGGAGGGCUCCGAGACCCGGAGGGCCCUCGGGCGCGGCGUCAGUAGCGGGGUGCAUCGGCGGUCGUGCAGCUCGGAUGCGGCGGCGGCGCCGGCUGCGAAGCCCACCCACAGCGGUGGCGCCACAGGCAGCGGCACAGGCAGCGGCAGCGGCGGGGCGUCGUUCUCGCUGGCCUGGUUCGAUUUUGACUUUGGCGGCGGGUUAAUGCUGCCGUGGCAGAGACCGGGGCCGGAACCGCUGCCGCUGUCGCCGCCGCAACCGCCGCCGCCGCCGCAGCAGCAGCAGCAGCAGUCACAGCACCAGCAACAAGAGUUGAAGCCUUCGCCGCUUCUUACGUCGGCCGCGGCAGGAAGUGGCGGCGGCAGUGGCAGCGGUUGUUGUUGGUUUCGCGCCAGCGUGGCGGCAUUUGAGAUGGUUUCGGAGCCCCUGGGGUUCGGACUGACGGCCGAAUAUGUGGUGUACAAGAUCCGGGUUGCGGAUGUGGACAGUGGAGAGGAGUGGACGGUGGCCAGGAGGUUUCGGAGCUUCGAGGCCAUGGCAGUCAAACUGGCUGCAGCGAUGCCAAGGUACGCGCACUUGGUCCGGGCGCUGCCGCCCAAGCGGCUGUUCGUGCACACUGCUGACGUGGCCUUCAUCAACAGCCGCCGCGCCGAUCUGGACGCCUACCUUCAACAGCUGCUCGGGGUGCGGGAGCUGGCGGAGUGCCCCGUGCUGCGGGAGUUCCUGCUUCCGAACCCGUCGCCCGCUCACACCGCCGCUAGCAAUGCCCUAGACGGCAGCGCCAUUGGCGCGACAACGGCGCCUUCGCUGGCCGCGUCAUUAGCCGGACUGCUGGGGCCGCCGCUGUCGCACACUGCCGCUGCCGUCGCUUCCGCCUCCGCUGGCCGUAACCUCCUGGAACGGGUGGCUCUGGAUUUGAGGGGGCUGCGGAAGGGACCCAACAGCCGCCGCCGCCGCUCCGCCGAGCAGCGCGUGGCACCGCUGGCGGCCUUUGGCGGCGGAGGCGGAGGCGGAGGCGGCAUCCGCCCUUUUGCAUGGCUCGGCCGCCGCGACGACAACACCGCCACGGCUGCCGCUGCAGCGGCAGCGGCAGCGGCGGAGGCGGCGGCGCCGCCACCACCACAGUCGUCGAUGCCUGUUGGGAUUGGUGUUCCCGGGAGUGGCGGCGCUGAGGCCGCAGCAGUGGCGGCAGCAGGGCUGAGCUCCUGGUCUGAAGAGUACGACGAUCUGCUGGAUGAGGAGGAGGAGGACGAUCUGACCACGCUGCCACCCGCCGACGUCCCUGCGGUGGCGGCGGCGCCGCCGCCGCCGGCGGCGGCGGUAACGUCACAGGGCUCUGGGGGAGGUGUAGGGUUCCGGUUUGGUCUACAGAACUGGGGCACUGGCGGCGGGGGAGGCAGUGGCGGCAGCUCCUUCAGCUUUCCGUCCGUCAGGGCGCGGUUUCGCCAUAAGGCCCACCAGCAGCCGCAACCGGGAUGUCCUGACGGGAGCAGCAAGACGUCCGCCUCCUUGUCCGCCGUCACCGCGACGGUGACGGCCACGGCGACGGCGCCAUCACUGACGGCUGAGUCGUCGCCGUGCCCCAGCGGCGCGUCCUGGCACGCCGGCGCCGCCAACGGCGGCCUCAGUAGCGUUGGCGGUCCACCACCCCCCAGUGCUACUGCGCCGUCCCGUGAUGCCCAAGCCCAACCUUUACCGCUGACGCCGGUGACCUCCGAAGCACCUGCUACAGCCGCCGCCAGCGGAGCAGCGUCGGAGGUACCUGGCCGAGCCGCUUCUGCGUUGCACCCGCCGUCGAGACCGGGGGGUGUGGCGGGUGUGACGAUCGCGGACGCUGGCGGCGCCGGCAGCCCUGCGGCCCUACACCGAAGCCCUGUUCCCGAAGCCGCAACGGUCACGACAGUGCCGCUGCCGUUGCCGUUGCGUCCUAGCAUUGACACUGCGCUGGCCACCCAUCGAUCACCCGGAACGAGCUCAACUUUCCGGGCAGUGACAGCAGCAACCAGUGGUGUUGGUGGAGGUGCGAGGUGGCACUCGCAGGCUGCGGUUUCCAAGGAGUGUACGACACGAACACAAGCGGCCUCCGCUACCACCGCCGCCGCCGCCGCGUCCAGCACCAGUGCGGCGAAGGUCUUCAGUGCACCGAGCAGCCCGAUUGCGCCCACACAUCUGCCGCCGCCGCGGCCGGCGCCGGCGCGGCCGCCCUCGCCGCCGCUGGGCGGCGGCGACGGCGGCGACGUCUCGUCCGCCACCGCCGCGGCCGCCGCCAUCGGAGUGGGGAAAGACGUAGCGACGGCCUCGGCUUCUGGCGUCAGCGCUCCACUGUACGAGUUGAUUGACGUGCUAUUCGGCCUGCAGGGUCAGGGCUUCUUCCGGCGGCAGGUGAUUUCCGUGACCCGCCAGGGGCUGUCCCUGUUCGCGGGUGGCGCCAUCGACAGCUGGAUCACCACUCGCCUGAGGGACCUCACUUCGGAGCACCACCUGGCCCGGCUGCUGCUGCUGCUGCACGGAACCCUGUUUCCGGGGGGCGCAUGGUCUGCUGUAGCGACGGCCGCAGCAUCGGGCAGGGGCGCUGGGCAGCCGAUGCCGACGCCGUCAUCAUCAUCACCAGCGGCGGAGGCGGCGGAGGCGGAGGCGGGUUCCUCGCCUGGGCCCACCCUCCUGCCUUCGUCAACAUCUCCAUCUCCAUCUCCUCCCCCGCCUCCUCCUCCUCCUCCGCCUGCUGCCGCCGCUGUCCCCCGCUGGCAGCCCAAUCCGCCCAUUCACGCAGACACCUACCUGGACUCCUCCUCGCAGCCGCCUGAUGCCCAACAGCUGGCUGACCGGGUCCGAGCCCGGUUGUUCUCCCGCCCGCCCACCAUGCUCAUCAACGUGGUGGGCGCCCGUACAUACUCCCGCGCGCUGAGUGACGUAUGGGGCAUGACGCAGAGCCGUACAUUCGUAUUGCAGCUGGCGUACUCACUGCUCACGACGCUGCUGAUACGGCUGUUCCCGGAGCUGACGCAGCAGCUGCAGCACCUGCAGCUCAAGGGAGGGGGAGUAGCGAGGGCAGGUGAGGAAAGGCAAGAGUCUGGAUGGAGCCGCAAGCUCGCUUUGUGUGGGAGGGGGCAGCAAGAGUGCAAGGAGCAAGAACUCACGUACGCCGUACAGCUCGUGUCCAACACGCCAAGUGACAGCAAGGCGUAA